GCCCAAUGCCGCGCUAAUCGCUAUACUUUCAAAAGUACUUUUAUGACGUUUUAUCAACAUAACCUGAGAAGAAAACACUACAGUCGUGUGUUGUACUUGGACAAACAGCAUACAGUGGUGACUAAUAAAUCGGUUCACUGCUGUUAAAAUUAUGAUCAGGCGGCUGUCAGAAUACAACAUGUCUUUCGUGAAUUCUUGAUGAAUUUUAAAGUUUUUUAUUUGCUAAACGGUAAAUUAUGGAUCAAACGCUAGAAGCUGCUUUAGAUGCAUCUAGAAGAGCAGUAGAUUUUGACAAGAAUGAACAGUAUAAGCAGGCCAUCUAUUAUUAUGGGGUUGCUGUUAAACUUCUGAAAAAUUUGUCUAACGUUCCUGCUUUGGCUGAGAAAUUUACAGAGUACCAAGAUCGAAUAGCUGAAUUGCAAAAAAUAAUUUUGGAAGAAGAAAACCAGAAACAUGAAUCAGUAACCCCUCCUGAAAGCGAAUUGCAAAGAUGUAAAUUUUUACUCAAUCAAGCUCUAGAUGCCGACGAAGCAGGUUUCAAGGAAGAGGCUAUAAAGUUGUACACCAAUGCUGCAGAACUUGGAUUAAAAGCCAAAUCUACGAGUAAUGAAAAACAAAAAAUAACAAAUCUUGUACGCCAUGCUUUGGACAGAGCUGAGUCUUUAAAAGGUAUUAAAAAGAAUCAAGCAGAAACUGUCCUUCCUAACUUGCCAUCAGUUCCUGAAACAGAUCUUCCGAUAGAUAAUACUUCAUCUGUAACUUCAACGUCUUCUAAUUCAGUUACAAGUACAGCAAGACCAGCUUUGCACAGAGGCAGCAGCGUUCAUCUGAAAGUUACAGGUGGAAGUGCUAGCUAUACAGAAGAAGAGAAACGAGUCCUGCUAUAUAGUUCUCAUAUUAAUGAUAACGAAUUUGUGCCUUUUAUGAAUGUUGACUUAUCUGAAAGAUUUCAAUAUGCAAUUCCAUUCACUGAUAAAGAUGGUUUCUUAGAACUAUCACCGAAACAAAAACCAGAUUUUGCUAAAUGGUGUCGUCCAGAAGAAUUAUUUUCAGAACCAAAAAUGGUAAUGGGUCAUGUAGUUGACUAUUAUAGCAUAAAACAAACAGUAGUAUCUGAUUGCUCACUUGUUGCUUCUUUGGCAGUAAGUGCUCAGUAUGAAAAGAAAUUUGGUAGAAGACUUAUUACCUCUAUAAUUUAUCCUAGAAAUAAAAAUAAGGAACCAAUCUACAAUCCUUUUGGAAAGUACAUGAUAAAACUGCACAUUAAUGGUGUACCAAGAAAGAUUGUGAUAGAUGAUUUUUUGCCAGUAAGUCGUCAAAAUCAAUUACUUUGUUCAUACUCAAGUAACCGAGGAGAGCUUUGGAUAUCAUUGAUAGAAAAAGCAUAUAUGAAAGUAAUGGGAGGGUAUGAUUUCCCGGGAUCCAAUAGUAAUAUUGAUUUGCAUGCCCUUACUGGAUGGAUACCGGAGAGAUGGGCAAUAAGGCCUAACGAACCAGAUUUUAAUAAAGACAAUUUAUUUGAUACUUUACUUUUAAGAUUGCACAAAGGAGAUGUUCUAGUCACUGUAGCUACAGGCGAUCUUUCUGAUGCUGAUGCAGACCGAACUGGUCUUGUUCCUACUCAUGCUUAUGCUGUGUUAGAUGUCAGAAAAAUUGAAGGAGAAAGAUUAUUGCAGCUAAAAAAUCCGUGGUCCCAUUUGAGAUGGCGCGGAAAUUUUUCCGAGCUCGACACAAAGCACUGGACACCCUCUUUAAGAGAAGUUUUGAAUUAUGAUCCAGAUUCUGCAUCUCAGUUUGAUAAUGGUAUAUUUUGGAUUGAUUUUGAGAGCAUAUGCCACUUCUUUGAUGUUUUCUACUUCAAUUGGAACCCUGGCUUAUUUAAUUACACUUAUUGUAUUCACCAGAUGUGGAAAGCUGGAAGUGGACCAGUGAAAGAUAGCUACAACAUUGGUGACAAUCCACAAUUUUCAUUGGAAGUACAACCAGAUGUAACAGGUGCUGUUUGGAUACUAUUAACAAGACAUAUAACUGAUAUAGCCGAUUUUAGAAAGAAUCAAGAAUAUAUAACGGUGCUAGUGUACAAAAACGAUGGAAAACGUGUCUAUUAUCCGCGCGAUCCACCGCCUUACAUCGAUGGCGUUCGAAUAAACAGUCCGCAUUAUUUGUGCAAAAUCAAGCUUGGCCAUAAUCCGGAUAGGCGUUAUACACUUGUGAUAUCUCAAUACGAAAAAACGACUACUAUUUAUUACACGCUUCGAGCCUACGGGACUUCCCCGUUCACACUUCGGAAGAUAGCAGAGCCCUACAAAUUCGAAAAAGAGAUUACGGAUGGCCAAUGGAAGGGAAUAAGCGCAGGUGGCUGUGCAAACCACCCUGCGACUUACGUCCACAAUCCUAGGUAUCAGUUGGUCGUCGAGAGUUCGAACAACAACAAUUGGCUGCUCGUUAUCAUGAAAGGUCCGAAGCAGUACCAAAUUGGCUUCGAGAUCCUGACGGUCAUUCUGAACGAUCCAGAAGCUCCAGGUGCCUUCAAAAGCAAAAGUUCUGGUCCCUUCAGGUCGGGAUUCGUCUAUCUGGAAUUGGAAGACGUGCCAGCCGGCACUUACAACGUCAUCCCCUCGACCUACAUGCCAGGACAGGAGGGUCCGUUUUUCUUGACUUUCAAGUCGUCUUGCAGCAUACAGCUUAGCCGCCUGCAGUAACUUUAAAAGAACCAAAAAAGAUACAGAGCUCAAACGUUCUUUCAGCACAAAUACGCUAAUGAAGCUAUAAAAUCAAAUUGUUCCCUCUCUUGUAAUUAACGUUGUAAAUAGACUCGCACGAUUUUUUUAACACGACAUAAAAA